AUCGACUUUGCCACACCACCGCCCACCCCGGAUUCAUAUUCUAUGCUCCCGUAUCGACGGAGAUUCUCUGGACGCAUAGAACUCACGUUUACGCUUGAUGGAGAGUGACAGACCGACGACUCAAUCUCCGGGCGGUGGCUUGGCAGGAAAGCUGGCCAUAAUUCUUUUCGUGGUCUCGUUACUCUCGUUUGUAACCGAGAGCCAGCUAACCCAGUAUGUGCAAACAAGCGUGGGUUACCGGCAGCCCUUCUUCCUCUUCUAUAUUGUUCAUAGCUCGUUCAUCGUGAUGUUUCCGCUGCAUCUCAUCUACCUGGUUGUGGUGACGAAACGACCCCCAUCGCAUUUCAUUGCUGGUAUCCGUCAAGCCCUGGUGAACCAGCUUGCUCCUACCCCGUCCAGGAUCUUGGAUCCAGUGCACACGGCCCCAUUCCCUACUCGGCGGCUGGUGAAACUAGUGCUCAUGCUGACCAUGGGCAUCACUGCACCGGCCUUGCUCUGGUUCAUCGCGGUGUCUCUUUCUGCGAUAAGCGACGUUACAGCUUUGUGGAACACAAAUGCUUUCUUCGCGUACAUCUUCACUGUGAAGAUCUUCCGUCUUAACUGGGAAUCUCGAAAGCUCGCAGCUGUGACGGCGGCCACGGUCGGCGCCGCUGCGGUAGUAUAUGGAGGGAGCACGUCCGAACCCUCCGACACGUCAGACCCGCAGCCUCAGGAUAACAUCCUUGCGUUAGCGCUGCCUAGCUCUCCGCUCUUAGGAGAUCUCCUCACACUCUUCGCUUCCAUCGGCUACGGCCUAUAUCAAGUUCUCUACAAAAAAUACGUCGCGCUCCCUUCCGAUCCGGAGUUCGAGCUUGUAGACGAAUACGAUAGGCUCCCAAUUGCAUCACAGGACGUAGAAGAUGAUGCCCUAGAGGACACGCCGCUCGGCCCGGCCUCCCAAGACUCCGUCUAUCCACCUCCCUUUGGCUUGUACGCCAACUUCUUUACCUCCGCAAUCGGCUUGUGCACUCUUGCCGUCCUUUGGAUACCGAUACCUAUCCUCCACUAUUUAGACAUGGAGCGCUUCAAGUUACCCGGGAAUCUGUUUACGAUUGGUAUAAUCGCUUGCAUAGCAGCGACAGGCGUCUUGUUUAAUGGAGGUCUUAUGAUCUUACUAGGGAUCUGGGGACCCAUAAUUACAUCAGUGGGGAAUCUAAUGACUAUAGUUCUCGUAUUCAUUUCGGAUAUAAUCUGGGGCGGCGCAGUGCAGACGGUCACCAUUUGGUCCGCCAUAGGGGCCAGCAUAAUUGUAGGGGCGUUCGGCGUGCUGGUCUACGACAUGGGGAAAAGCGCCCGGGAGUAAAUGUGGCAUCCCGCCCUUGGAUGGAGGACUGCAGGUGUCGAGCCUGUAACUGGUGAAAGUCCAUGAUGUUGGUCAUGCUGUAAAGAUCAAGCUGCCUCGGCAACACAUCGGGUCCUCUCGUCCGCCAUUCGAAGCGGAAGUACCGGUAACUCCCGGCCGCCCAGUUGAAGUCGAGAGACAUGUGCACCGCCUUGACGUGGUCCUGUCUCACAUGGGAAUCUGGAGCAGUGACUGUCAUAUCAAACUGUGAUUAUGGUAGAGAAUCCAGGAAUGAAGGGGCGUAUUUUCACAAUGGUGGCUAUAGCACAGACAAGCGAAGCGACUGGGACCAAAUAGAGAGUAGAUAAUGACCCACGAACUGAGAACACACAGAUUGACUUGAGCAGUGGGAUAUGGAUGCCGAAAGUGCGAUGUCAGGAAGUCAAGUCCAUAAAAUAGAAGCGACGCCAUUGAGAAAGGAACUGCGAGAGAAACCAUGCUCCUACAGCGAAGAAGAUGCUGCGCGCUCGGAAUGAUAUGUAGGGUAUGCUGACCAUACCCAAGGAGAUGAGAAGACCCACUGGGUCGUCUGAGUUGGGACUCCUGAGUCUGCUGUAGACCACUUGAGUCACCAACCCCCGCC